UUACAAAAGUCGUGUUAAUUAUAGUAAAGUGGGUAAAGAUUUAUUUGUGUUUUUAUAAACGAUAUCUCGAACAAGUUAGAGUGUCAAACUCAUGCAGAGUUAAUAAUCAUGUUCAUUGAACACAUGCAACAUUUCGACAAAGUUGUAAUCAGUAAAAGUAAUAACUUCAGCGGGUUUUUCAAUAAUAUAUAUUGCACCCUGAAUUUUGAAUGUUUUACUAAUGCUAUCUUGAAUAGAUUGUAGUGUCAUACUGACGUAGAUUUUUCACAUUUAUGUUUGGAAACACUUUUUGUAAUUUGACAGUAAAAUAGGCACAUGAAAUACACAAUUGUAUAUUUUGUUAGGCAAUGGCGACCCACUGGCAAUAUUCGGAAUCUUUCGCCGACACGAACUUUAAGAUGUUUGAGAAUGAGGAUCUCUGUGACGUCACAUUGUCAGCCGGAAAUGAGCAAAAACAGAUCAAAUGUCACAAAUUCAUUCUCGCCAGCCGUAGUCCAGUAUUCUAUGCAAUGUUCUGUGGUACACUUGCUGAAUCAAAAGAUGUUAUCUGCGUUCCAGAUAUUGAGCCAUCUACACUUGAGCAUUUAUUACGGUAUUUGUACAGCGGCAAGGUCGAAAUAAACGCUGAGAUUGCUCUCAGUCUGCUGUACGCCGCUAGGAAAUACGACAUCCCUGUGCUGGAAAUCCAGUGCAAGUCAUUUCUGAGUGAAAACAUGGACACCGAAAACGUUUGCACAAUUCUCGACCAGGCUAUAGUAUUUGACGAUAAAGAUCUUAAAGUUAAAAGUUUGGAAUUUAUUAUGGACACAAAAUCCGAGAGCGUUUUGAAAUCAAAUGCAUUUGUUCGAAUGUCAAAGUCAGGAUUACAGGAAGUGCUUAACCUAGACAUUCUUAACGCCAGCGAGUGUGAAGUGUACGUUGGUUGUAAACGUUGGGCUUCUCAGAGAUGUAGAGACGCGGGAAAACAGGAAACGGAUGAGCAUAUAAGACAGGAGUUGGGAGAUGAGGUCAUCAGCCUGAUCAGGUUCCCAACCAUGACCCCGGAAGAUUUCACGCACGUUGUAUCUACUGAAAACGUACUAAAAAAAGACGAAUUAAUCAGCAUUUAUCGGAGUAUUACAAACAAGAACUUUGCCUCAAAAUUUAUUAACAAACCUCGAUUGGAUUUAGGGGCAAGAUGUUUGUUUGUAAGGUGUACAAGUGUUCAGCAACCUUGGGGAAUUUCGAGUAAAACACUACGUUAUGGUCUCAGUUUUACAGUGUCUAAAAAUUGUGAACUUACUGCAGUGGAAAUGAUUUUGCCAGCCGAUGGGUCUGUGACUGGUGUACUAGAGCUCAUGGAAGGUACUAAACCAAUUCAUUUUCAGAGAGUAACGCUGCAUUAUAAACACGGUGUUGAGCAUUUACUAGUUAAUUUAGAUAAAAGUCUUAUUCUUCAUCCUUCGAACGAAUAUUCCAUACGAAUACGAAUGGCGGGGCGUUCAUGUGGGUACUCUUGCGCUUCAACGGCAAACACUAUUUCGAUGGAAGGUGUGACUAUGACGUUCAGUGACUUAAAGGUUGGGUUUGAUACGGUCGCUACUAACGUUUCACAGGGGCAAUUUUAUGGAUUUGAACUUUUAAUUAAAAAAAGACAUAAUAUUGCAUAAUGAUAUGACAUCAUUUUUUAUUUCCCCGGUAGGGUGGCAUAUAGCAGUUGAACUGUCCGUCAGUAUGUCAGUCUGUCCGUCCAUCCGGAAAAAAACUUUAACAUUGGCCAUAACUUUUUAAAUAUUGAAGAUAGCAGCUUGAUAUUUGGCAUGCAUGUGUAUCUCAUGGAGCUGCACAUUUUGAGUGGUAAAAUUUCAAGGUGAACAUCAUCCUUCCAGGUCUAGGGAUCGAAAAAACUAAUCCAAGGGAAGUAAUUAGCUUUAAAUGGAAUCAAGUGGCGCAGUUUGCGGCAUCGUGUUUCUGACAAACAAAUCGUGGUAAAAGGUCAAGGUAAAGAUCAUCCUUCAAGGUCUAAGGUCGAAAAUACAAAUCAAAGGGAAGUAAUAAGCUUUAAAGGGAGAUAACUAUUCAAUAUUGAACAUAGCAACUUGAUAUUUGGCAUGCAUGUGUAUCUCAUGGAGCUGCACAUUGAGUGGUGGUCACUGUAGUGACUUUUAAUUAUUUGCUACUAAAAAUAGAGAGUGGCUUUUCAUUAUUUGCUGCUAAUAAUAGUUAGCUGUUAUAGACAAUUAUUUUCAAGGGAAGUAAUUUAUAUAAUUAUAAAUCUCAUAUUAUAUAUUUCCAUACCAAGAAUUUAACUUCUUUUCACAGUUACUGUACAGAUUUUUUAUUUUGAUUAUUUAUAACUCAAAUGAAUGAUUUGUCAUAGGUUUUUUUAAAUGAUAUACUUAUCAUUUCUUUACUAUACUAAUUUGUGAAUGGUAUGGUUCAUUACGUACCUCUGGACUUAUGUCUAUAGGUACAUGAUCAACUCUGGCUAUGAUCUCUUUCAUAAAACACAGGCCUUGGUUGUCAGUGGUGUCUGACUUUGACUGUCUACAGACCCCCCUGGUUGGAUUGGACAAAAUCCAAGGGAAGUAAUAAGCUUUAAAGGGAGAUAAUUUCUAUACCUGCCAAAUGAUAAAUAGAAAUCAAAGCGGCGCAAUAGGGGACAUUGUGUUUCUGACGUACAAAUCUCUUGUUAUUAAAGUGUUUCUCACACGACUUACCCUUGUUUGAAUUUAUUGAUACAUAAUUACAAUAAUUUUGUUUUGUAUAAUGUUAUGUCGGUUAAUGAAAUAGACUUCAAUCGCGCUUUCUUAUAUUUGAUGGAAAUGUAUACAUAUCUUUAAACAUUGUAGUAUGUAGCAAUUAUUAAAAUAGUGCUUGUCAGUUGUAAUGUAACUCCCCUUGUGUAUACAAAUUUAAACUGCCGCUUUAUCAGCAGUAAAGAAAUCUUGCAUGUGGUCUUUUAUUCAUUAAAUGGAACCAAACAGUAUGACACACAGCACUUGUAAUAUACAAGACACGAACAGACGAAACAAGCUUAGUAAAAUUAAUUAAACUGGAGUCACCUCAUUGGAACUGACAAUACAAAGCAUACGGAGUUUUGACCAGUUUAAGGAGCUCCAAACUCCACACUUGGGCCAGAGUUAUUUACGAUAUAUUUAAUUUGAAAUACAAUUCAAGCUCAUAACAGAAAAGUGAUAACAUGUCAAUUAAUUUAAUAAUUUACCUACUCAAUGGUUAGAUGAUAACAGAGCAGAUAACUUUUUAUGACCCCGAAGGAGGGCAUAUAGUGAUCGGACUGUCCGUCCGUCUGUCCGUCACACUUUGCGUUUAGGUUUUGAAAAAUGCUAAUAACUUCUAUGUAGCUUCAGAUAGCAAUUUCAUAGUUGGUAUGCAUGUGUAUAUGGACACUGCCUUUCCAUAAGCACACACAUUUUGACCCUGUGACCUUGACCUUAAAUUUAGGGUCCGCGUUUAGGUUUCGAAAUCUGCGUUUAGGAUUCGAAAAAAGCUCACAACUUCUAUCAAGCGUUUAUAGGGGGCGUAGGUCAUCCUAUGGUGACAGCUCUUGUUCAGGCUGGAAUAAAUGAAACUAAAACAAGUUUCAACUUCACUUCGUAUAUAACUAAAAGUUUUCGAGACACUGCAUCAUAUAGAUAUAUAUUCAGAUCGUCGUGGUGCAGUUUUAGGAAGAAGUCGCAAAAGUAGUCGGAAAAGGCCAAAUAACAUGGCUUGGCUGUGUAUGUUAGAUUGGAAGUGAUAUAAAUAGCAUACCCUUAAUCAAUUUCUAUUAAUUCAAGUAAACUUAAAUUCGAUGAUAAUAAUUUCACAUAUAAAAUAUAUUACCUUCUCGAGAAGAAGUUAAAAACAAAACUAUGCCAACUGUAUAACCUUAUGUAUAAACAGUAUACUGUGAAAGGAUCGAUUUAUUCAUUGAAAAGGACACUGUAACAUAAAGUAAGCAUUUGUGUAUUGGCUAUACCGAGAUAAUGUCAUCGUAAUGCUGUAUAAACUGUAUUUAUUUUUCUUAAAACAACCAAAAUGAAUAACGAUUUUAUAAAGACAACGAGGAAUACAUGCUAAUAAAUUAAAAUAAUUGACAAUAUUAAAGGUGUUUUAACUAAUAUAUUAAAAGUGGAUGGAUAAUAUUUACCGGUACAUAGAAAAUAUGAACGCCCUCAUGAAUAUUCAGUUGAAAUCCGUCGGAAAUCUUAGCCGAUUAUCAGUUAAGACUAGAAUAUUGUGCAUUAUUGAUAUGGAUUAGUUAAGACACAUUUUUGAUAAAUCAUUACAUCGUUUGUUUAAUAUUUAACGUUUAUUGUCAAAAUUACAUGUAUAUUUUUUCAAAUGUCUCGUUAUUGAAUUUACUUAACACAUUUCAAAAAUAUUUAUGUACAAGAUUUGUUUCCUAGUUCAGAGUAAAUAACAAUAGUGCAUGUAAGCGCCUUAAAACCAGCGAUAUAAAUUUACCAUGGUAAUUCUUUAUAUGCGUAUAUUCUUAGAUUAAAAUAGAGCAUCAUGA